UCUAACAAACUUAUGUUAAAGAAACAGCUAUGGCUCCUGUGAAAAUAAAGGACAUCGUUUCAUUCACUUCUCAGGACCAGAAGAACUGCGUGGAGAAUCUGUGCGCGAGCGGGCAGUGCGCGAGACCGUGGCUGUGCAGCCCACGGGAUCGUAGCGGCGUUCUGAAGGCAGAGCUGCAGAUGGAGCGCGCCACGGCCAUCAGCUACGUUGACGUGGGUAACUGUGGGUCCGCCUUUAUACAAAUAGAUGUAGGACGCUCCUCGUGGCCUCUGGAACGACCCUACGUCACACUGUUGCCCACAGCAACCCUGAUGGGUCCGGCCGAUUCCAAACAGGAAAAGGGGCGAACCGGCGUUCGAAUGUUCAAGAGAGAGGACUUCCUGCCUGCAGGGGUGGACGAGCUCUGGGACCGGGUUCGAGUGACCUGCAGUCAGCCCUUCAACAGGCGCACUCAGUUCGGCCUCUCCUUCCUGCGCAUCCGCAGCCUGGAGGAGGAGGGCGGGGCUACUAAGGAGGGGCGUGGCCAGGGAUCACAAGGCCAGCGAACACCAGAACAACAGACGUCGAGAGUGAGAGAGUGGCUGUCCAGCCCCGCGGUUCAAAGGACGUUCUUUGGACGGGGAACAGGGGAAGGGUCUCCAGGGGUCGACCAGACAGGCGGGACCUCGGGGGGCAGCGGGCGGGACAGGGCGGGGCUUAGCCGGGCGGCUCGCAUGGUCAUCACCGCAGCCCAGUCUGGAAGGCGGAGCUUACUGCCUGCCCUCCCUAGCCCCGCCUCCCCUCCUAGCCCCGCCUCCCCCUCCAGCGUCCAGAGACGCACCACAGCAGUCUGUUGUGACAGAACACAAGACACCUGUACAGAGGAAAAGACCAGCACGAGAACUUCCACCAGCGUUCACCAUAAAAAGGCUGGCAGGCAGGUGAAGAGGAAGCCGAACUCUAGAAAGAGGCCACAGGCCCACACCGCCCCCUGCAGGAAGAAACCCAAAACUGCACCCUGUGAGCAGUCUCUCGGCAUCAGUCUUCCCUGCUCAACAGCGCCCCCUGGGGGCUCGGAGGCCCCUGAAACCUUCUGCCCCUUAUGUGGAGGAUACUUCAGUCCAGAAUAUUUGCCCCAGCACGCUUCCUUCUGCCAGGGGGAGGAGCCAGACCUGGGGAUGAGCUUCACGCCCCCCAAUAGCCCCGCCCACACCGAUGGCCCCGCCCCCCGCACAGAGCAGGACAUGGUGCCCUGCCCCCUGUGCUCCUUCAGGUUCCCCACCUCUCAGAUCCAGCUGCAUGCCAGCAGCUGUGGGGAUCCCCUGGAGCCUGAAUGGGCCUGGGUGGACUGACCCCUGACCCAUGACCCCUGACCCAUGACCUUUCACAACUCUCCUGCACUCUCAUAAAAACGCACAAAUGUUUGUCACUGGGGUGUUACCCUAUGUAGGCCUACAUAAGAAUGUACCCUUAGCCAGCAGUAAUAUUGCCUUGCUACUCGGUGAAGUGUCUUUGUGACAGUUCUCUGUAAAAAAGCGAUAUACAAAUAAAAUUUAAGUGUAUUGAAUCAAGACAUAAAUU